GCCCCCGCCAGCUCUCAAUUCCGCCCUGGGGAAGGGGAAAACAAGGUACAGAGACUGGCGUUUCUUCUCCGGAUGAUGGUCACACUCAAAGUUUCAUAUCUCUAUAGUUCAGCGUCUCUAAAGUAAAAGUAGAUCCAAGUCCUUGAUGACGCAAACCCUAUUCCCUUGGCAACAAGAAAAACCACGGAAGUGAAUUACUCCGGCCGACAGUUGACCAAUCGGCAACUGCCUUCCCACCCCGGCGCUUUCCCAAAAGGCCCUUCGCCUUCUCCCCAAGAUGGCGGAUCUAAACCGGCAAUUGCAGGAGUACUUAGCUCAGUCCAAGGCGGGCGGCAGCUCGGCGGCUCUCUCGGCGCCCCAGAACCCGCCGCGAGAUGAGGCGGAGAAGCCCGGCUCGGGGUUGGGGACUUGGCUGGGCCGGAUCAACCCUUUCCCCGCGACGGAGACGUGGCCGUGGGCAGCCGAGCCGGAGCCGGAUCCGUGGCUGCCGACGGGUCUGUCCCGUUGGCAGCGGCUGGUGGGGAGCGCGCUGUGCCUGCUGCUGGCCGCGCUCUGCUUCGGCCUCGCCGCUCUCUACGGGUCGCUCCUGUUGCUCCGCAAGUUCGCGCUGCUCUGGUCGCUGGGCUCCACCUUCGCCUUGGGCGCCGCGGGCUUCUUACGGGGCCCGAGCCGCCUUCUGGGGGAGCCCGACCGCCGCGGCCUGGCCCUCCUUUACUUAGCCUCGGUGGGCGGCACUCUGUACGCGGCGCUUGGGCUCCGCAGCACCCUGCUCACCACGCUGGGGGCCGUUGUCCAGCUGGGAGCCGGCGGAGUCUACUUGCUGUCUUCGGUACCUGGCGGGACUACCGGGCUGCGCUAUGUCGGCGGAUUCUUGGGCGGCGCCGUGCGACGCAGCGUGUCUAAAACUCUGCCCGUGUGAGGACGGUCGUCGAGGCGAAGCCCUUCAUGGACGUGGGAAAACAAGAUCGAUGUCUGUGGUAAAGAGCCCCUUGCCCGUCUCCAAACCAACGCGCAGCACGGGACGUCGUCUCCAGGCCAGACCCGACUGCCCAUGCGGCAUUUUGUAGGAUAACGUUUCUUUACUGUUUAUCUUUUCGAAUCGAGGGCAGAGGAGCACUUGAGUAACCUUACCGGGACACUGCAUCCUUCACACAAGGCAGUUGAAAAGGAUAGUUGAAGUUAAUUGCAACAAAGGUGUAUGAACUUGGCUGAACAAGCAACUCAAGCAAUUGAACCAAUUAAGGGCUUUAACAGUGGUACUGGGUAAAGGUCUUUUUGUGUCUCCCCUUGCUCUCUGAAACCACUCAGAUGCCCUCUCAGCGGCAGGUGAUGAGGUUUUUUUUUUUAACAGGCAGAUCCAGCCAAGUGUACAAGUAUGCGUUGGCAGAUUCCCUGAGGGUGCACAUUGAUGCCAGACCUAUCUUUGUCUUAGAACCCAACUGCAUAAUAUAUCAAACAUGCUUUUAUGAAAGUGUUUUCAAUGAUGUCACUUCUGUUUUGAAGAAGCAACCGG